GUCCUCCACUCGAUUAUUCAAACGAAUCGCCGCUUCUCCAGUGCUCUUUCACUUUUCCGACAAACACGCUUUCAAUUACUCUCCUCUGCGCGCGUCAGCAGAGUAUAAGAAGUCCCGACCUACCUGCCUUCAUCCAUUUCACAAGAUUGCGCUCUUGACUUCAACAGCAAAUUCACUCGACCCGCUCUCGACUUCUGCUUCUGAAAAAUUAGAAGUCGGCAUCCCACCGUUCUUCAGGAGCUCCCUGUACAAGAACAAGAACUUUCUCCAUUUCCACUUGGAGCUCUUGCCCAUGUGCUGGAUUCGCCCAAACCACAACCUAAACUCAGUAGUUGACCAUCAACCGUAACCUGAAUUCCGCGCGCCCCUCGACUUUUCCACUCCUGCCCUCCGGUCCUACCGUAUCGACUGGACUGAGCGUGUACAACCAUUCGCUCGAUUUCAGCGUUUGCCGUAAGAAAAAACGUAAACUCGACCUCAGCCCCACGUCCAGCCACUGGCGUCGUCGAUAAUCCUGCGGAUUUUCAGUAUCAAGCCCACCGCUUUCCACCAUAUACUUUCUACCAACCAACACGGCAAUAGCCGCUCAUAACCAACCAAAAAACGUAGCCUACGCGUCGGGCUGCGUUCGACAUAUCACCCAUCUCCAACCCAGCUCACCAUGGACCAGGUUGAGCUGGCCGUGGACCCUGGCCCCUUGGGCCAGUUAGAUCAGGAGGCUGUCCCGGAUUUUGAUGCCGAUGGAUUUGAUUUCCAGCUGGAUGGCGUUUAUGAUCAGGCAGAUGAGAACCAACAAGACGCCCCUACAGUAAUCACCAAGAAUGUAGUCGAUCAAGUUGACGAGAUUGGCUAUGAAGACGACGAAGAAGAAGCUCACUCGGAGCAUGCCGCGACCAAUUCAGCUGAAGAUGAAGGCCCCCCGAACGAAGUAGCGGGUGAUGAGAUCGCGGCGACAGGCCUGGAGUAUCAAGAAGAGAUCGGCUACGAAGAGGACUACAGCUUGACCACGGAGGCCGUCAAGGCUGACGAGAAUGCCCAAGAUCUGGCCGUCGCAGAUGCUGAGCAGCCGGAAUAUCAAGCGGAAGACGAGUUGGACCCUCUGCAUGAGGACCAACCGGAGUAUGAAGCUGAAAACCAGGCCGAGCCUCAGCUUGGAGACGAGCCAGAGUUUGAGGCUGAAGACCAGUCUGAGCCUCAGCAUGAGGACGAGCCAGAGUAUGAAGCCGAGGACCAGAUUGAGCCUCAACAUGAGGACCAACCAGAGUAUGAAGCAGAUGAACAGCCCAGCCCUCAGCAUGAUAAUUCCAUCGGCCAACCCCAGAUCCAUGCACAGGAAGACCAGGCGGUUUUACUGAACAACAUUGAAUCAGAGAAACCUAUGGUCGAAGAAGAUCUUGACGACCAGCUUGAUCAUGAUGAUGAUGAUAAUGAUGAUGAUGACGACGAGAAGGAGAAGGUUCCUGAACUGGGCAGCCACAGCAAUAUGGACUAUGAGGCCGGCUCAAAUCAUGCUGAUGGCAACGAGGAUUACCUCAUGGAUGAUGACGAGGAACCCAGAGGCGGCCUUAGUGAAGUUGACAAGGCGAUCGAAGAUCUUGCCAGUUCUCUUCAUGGUGUUCCCGACAUUGAGGUCUUUUACAAUGACGUCAACUACUCGCUGUUUGGGACUGCAAAUGACGACCCAGACGCUUUCUUUCUGUCGGACGUCAAGAAGAUGGAUGAGCCCCUUGCACAGUUUCUCUCUUCUCUUCGCCAAGUCAUUGCGAACGAAAUUGCCCCUACCGAUACCCUCUUGGUCAGUUUUGACUCUCUGGACCUCGAGUUUGGCGAAAGGUCUAGUGAAAGGUUUCUCAACCGGACACUCCGUGAACUACUGGAUUGCCACGCUGCAUUGGCGGCAAAAGACACCGCCAUCGCCUCAGUUCCUGUUUUGCAGUUGAUUGUCCAGCAUGAUUGCGAAGAGCGCUUCCUACAACUUCUUGAUGAGGCCAAGUAUGGCGGCGAAUCGCCAUGCCGCUCUGGAAGCGUGCUCUCUGAACAUGAGCAUUCUGAGCAUACCGAAUCUAACCAUCAGAAAAGAUGGGUCAACGAAGAACUCCUUGUUGACGAGGAUGAUGACACGGCCCAUGAUAGCUAUGAAAACGAGACCCCAGUCAAUGGCAUCGCUUCUAACCAUGAUCAAAGCCACAAUCCUAGCGUAUCGCCUGCUGUUGAGAACGACGCUACCACUCAAAACGAAGAUGCUGCCAUCUCCAGCACACACUCCCAAUCGCCAGAGCUAGCAGCUGAAGGGCAGCCAGACCAUGAUGAUCAGGUUGUAUAUCAAACAACCCUCGAGACUGUGCACGCUGAGGAUUCCAAUACCUCGGACUUUCCUCAAGAACAGGUUUCCUACGAGUCUGUCGAUGUCGAUGUGGAUGAGCAGGAGAUGAAGGACGCCGAUGAGGCCUUCGAUGUCAUCACAGAGCUGGAAACAACUGAGGAGGCUCAACUCACCAGCAAUGGUGUGUUUGAACUGACAACAGGUUCAAAUGAUAACGAUCUUCUCCUCGCUUUUGACCAGGACGGCGGCCUCUCAACAAUCGACGAGCAAGAAGGCGACGGCGGUCAAGGCGGAGAAAUAUUGAACGGCGUGCCCGAGGUUACCAACACCGCAGCCGAUAACAAUGAAGACGCUCUGGAAACGGACUGGCAGGCUGAGAUUUCACAAGUCUCUCGGGGCAUGUCCCCCACUGUGAGUAAAGAUCCGCAACAGGGGCCGUCUGCAUCAGCAACAGGAGACACAGCGUCCGAUCAUACGAGCACGACCAUGAACGGCGACGAAAUUGACUACGACGAGAACGAUGGGGCAGAUGAUUCUUUCACGCCAGAUAACAGCGCGCCGCACUCCGUAGCGGCUCCAGUGGAAGAUGGUGAUGAAAUUGACUGGGGCAAUGAUGGGGAUGAGUACGAAGAGGUGCAUGACGAGGCGGAAGGAGACAUCACAUUUGAACCGCAGCCUGACCUUGACCUUGCUCCGUCGAGCCCCACUGGAAAACGAUACAGAACUGACGAUGCAGAGAGCCUCGCUGAGGAAUCCGAUCACAAGCGUCGUCGGACAUAAUCGGCGGGCUCUGUACAGGUUUUUCUUGCCCAUAUCUCUGAGACACGGUUGUAGUUCAGCCGCGACAUCUUUCUUCGAAGGAAAAGGUUCUGACCCCGUCCCGUUUUUGUUUUCGAAGGUACUCAUUUCGGCCAAUCAUCGACAGCUCGUAUUGUGAAAUGCCCAGGUAAGUUUUCGGCAACACAUCGAAGAGGAUGACGGUAUCACGAUUGCGAAGUUCUGCCGAAAUUUCAUCAUUUUUGCGAUAUUUUUGCAUCUGCGUGGGCCAGCACGGUCACUCAUUACUUGCGCAGCAACGCAAUAUCAUUAAUCAAACAACUUUCAGCCUUGGGCUGAAUCGACGUUACCGCAUGCAGGCCACAGCAUUGCAAUUUUAUACCCAGCAUUUAUAUGUAACACUACCAUGGAUGGGCAAAAUUUCUGCAUUGGCUGGGGAUGGGCCAGGGGGGCUUAUCAACGGCUGGAGCUGGCUUUUCAGCAGGCUUGUCAUGGCGUUGGCUUUUGGAAUCAAUCAUUGGAGGCAGGCUUCGGGUUUUUUCUUCUUUCUCGUCCAUCUCAACUGGGGGUCUGUUAGUUUCAGAGAUAGACCCAGCUUCUCACGGCAAGGGGCUAUCUAGCUGAGUUCGGUAGUCGACGUAGCUAGUUGAGAGUUACUUUGGGGAUGACGAUUUGGAGGAUGGGUGGGGGGGUUUCUGGUUUUUGACAAAAGUAAGAUGGAUUUCAGAGUGGUGGAAGGGAAAGAAGGGUGGGCACUGGGGAUCUCUUCCUUUUUUUUUCUCAGUUCUCAUUGUCACCCUUUUGGCUUUUUGUCACUUCUGAUUUUCGAUCUUCUUUCGACGAUUAUAGGAAGCUUUUGCCCUGAGUCCAGAAUGUUGACUUGAUCCUGAGAGAUAGGGGGUGAGGAGAGUGUUGAUGGGGUGUUGUGUAGCAAUGUACGGAUUGAGAAGAGUUGCCCGAAUUAUUGUAAAGAGAGGUGAAGAGAAAAAGGCACCAGCAGUCUGGCACCGGUAAGGGCGGACGUUGAGGUACUUCGAAGGGAAAACCCAAGACGAAUAAGCUGAUUUGAGGUACCCAGUUUUUUUGUUUGCACUGCCACGAUUUUCAGGGUUCGGAUGUACUGGAACAUGUUAGGUACAUGAGUAGAGGGAGCUUGGCUGUGACUCUUGGGAGAGUUACAGGAGCUACCUGGUUUGAUCGCACAGACGUGAGCUAUGAUGAGCAGAUGUGGUAUUUGAAGAUGCUACGGAUUUGUUGUGAAA